UCUCUGUAUUUUUGGCGGGUUUUUUGUUUAAAUUGAAUUUUGAUACUUUAUUUGAUUUUCCAUUCCCAGGUGUUGAAAUACCUUUAAAUGUUAUGUUUUAUUGUCCACACGGUGAAGAGUUGUUUAUAUUUCAUGCAAAUAUAGCAGUUUGGAUAAUAUUCCUUUUUUUUUUUGAAAGUUAAAAUUUAAUUGAUGAAAAGUACAUUUAAGGGUUUCAAUAUUCAUUACUAGUUUUGUGAGAACUGAAGGUAAUAAUUGCGUUAAUAAAAAGUACAUUAAUGCAUAUUAUUUCCUUUUUCAAUAUGCAUAUCUGGUUUGUCCCAGUAGCUACUAAUAAUCCUCUCGUCCUUCAAUAAAGAUAAUGCAAGUCAUAAAAAAAAUCUUCCUUAUUGAAGAGAAUACCAGUAAAACAUUCUACUGGGGGGAAAAAAGUUACACAUUUAAAAAGUUUUUCCUUGUCCAGCGCUCAUUCUUCCCGUCAUUUGCCGUUGCCGUCCGGUAAGUUUGAAGCUGUUAACCCCUCCUCUCUGCUGUCGAGGCAACUUUUCGGAAAUGACRAGCGAAAUGGGGACAGGUUAACGCAAGCCCUGCCUACCAGCCCUUAAAUCUGUGUGCUUUUCAUCACGUAAAUACAGUCUCUUCCUUGUGGAGCUCGGUUCCGUCCCGCAGCGCUUCAGAGACUUUCAGCAGCUGUCCAGGUGGUCGCCAUGGGGAAGAUAGAGUGGGCGAUGUGGGCCAAUGAACAGGCUCUAGCUUCGGGGCUCAUUCUUCUUACUGGAGGAAUAGUAGGUGUGGCUGGCCAGUUCAGAGGCUGGGAGUUUGCUGCUUAUUCAGUUGCCGCUGGUGUGUUUGUGUGUCUGCUUGAAUAUCCAAGAAGCAAGAGGGCCAAAGGAACAAGUGUGGAAAGAACGGGCCAGUAUUGUUUCACAGUGUGCGUAAAAGCCUUCGGACCGCUGACGAGGAACUACUACGUCAGAGCAUUUUUACAUGCAGCUAUCUGUGUUCCCGGGGGUUUUAUGCUAGCAACUGUCCUUGGAUGUGUCUGCCUCGGCAUUGCCAGCCUCAUCUAUCUGGCAGCAGCUAUUCGAGGUGAGCACUGGGAGCCCAUUCUUCCACGGAAAGAAAUGCGAAAGCCUGUUGCAGAGAGCAUCAAGAAUCCUCCACAGAACCCACCACCAAGACCUCCUCCAGAGAUGCGCAGGAAACAAGCAAAGGACCUUGAAUCAGCUGCCUACGAUAACCCCGUCUCUGUUACUGCAGAUGAGUAACAGGUCCAGAGCUUUGCCCUUUUUAUUCACCCUCCUUUGUCAAAAAAAAUGACACAGUCAUUGUUUAAGCUCCCUGGAUUAAGUGACUGUAGAUGAGCGGGCAGAGCCUUCCCUACGUCACGGAUUACUGGAACUAUAGUUCAGAGAAAAAUAAAUGACGAAAUCGAGUUGUUUUUUUGUUGGUUUUUCUACUUUUGAUGAACAAAAAAUGCUGCAGACAAAUUUAAUUCUGCAGCUGCUAGACUGCAACCAAGGGCAACUACUGUCACUUUAGAGUACUGUAUGUUAAAUGUUAGUGCUAACCGGUCCGUUGAAGCAAAGGUCACAGCCUAAUGCUGCUUUAUGUUUGAGUUAUUUAAGUUCUUCUAAGCAUGCAUACGCCUUAUGGAAGAGUUGUGUACCUUAACUGUAAUUUCUAUGUGUAUGUGUUUAAAAGCUUUGGGUUACAGUUGUUUACAGUUUUAUGGUAUUAUUUAUACCUUUAGAUAAAAUUAGCUGUUUCCAGCUGAUAUUAGCCUUUUUAUUAUUUGUUUUUUGUUGUUAGUCAUGGUUUUAUUGUCUUGUAAAUAAAUCUUUUGCUUCCUUUGAA